CGUCAUGCUCGUUACGAUGCGCGGGAAGUCUGCAUUAUUAUGUUCACUGACUGUGAAAUGUUUAUAAGCUCGCAUCUUAAAUAGCUUCUCUGUGAAGCCAGGUCAGUUACGUUCUUUCUGCUUCUGUCCUUCGCUUUUAUUCCGUUUUUAACCAUGAAGACUUUGCUACUAGCUGGUGCUAUUGUGCCAAUAGCUUAUGUAUUUUUAAUGUAUUCCCCAACGUUGCUGGAUUUCAACCCAACCGCGUACAGUAUACCCUUCCCAUCAUUUGAGGGUCCUUUAGAAGAAAACUGCAAAUUAAGCGAAGCUGAAAUACUAUUUCAGGGUGAACUACGUGGACCCGAAUCGAUUGUCUUUUACAAAGGUGAUUUAUACACUGGAUUAGAAGACGGACGAAUUGUGAAGGUUAAAGAUGGGAAAGUGAUAACAGUUGCACAGACUGGACGUUACUGUGAAAUGCCAUAUGAAGAACGUCAAUGCGGCAGACCAUUAGGCAUGAGGAUAGGAAAAGAUAACCUCUUAUACGUCAUCGAUGCUUACUAUGGCAUAUUCACGAUGAACUUCACUACAGGUGCUUUGACACGUAUCCUUCCAAGCAGUGUCCUUGUCGAUGGCGAGAAACUAAAUUUCCCAGAUGACUUGGAUAUGGAUGACGAAGGAAAUAUAUACUUUACUGAUGCCUCAAAGAAAUGGGACCUGGCUACUAUUUACUACAUGAUGAUAGAGUAUGAGAACGGCGGCCGAGUUGUCAAAUACAAUGUACAUACUGGUGAGACAAAAGUAUUGAUGUCAGGUCUGCACUUUCCAAAUGGCUUACAAUUGGCGAAGGAUAAGAAAUCUCUCUUGGUAAACGAGCUUAUGAACAGAAGAAUAUUGAGAUACUAUAUCAAAGGACCCAAGAAAGGAAAAGUUGAGGUGUUUGCGGAUAAUUUGCCUGCUGAGCCUGAUAAUAUUCGACCUAGUCCUAGAGGAUAUUGGGUAGCUUUCACUUCUGCUCGAAAUAGCUCUAACACUUUAAUUGUAGAUUCCUUGAAUUCUUAUCCUCAGGUCAAACGCCUAUGGGUUAGACUUCAUCAUUCCAUUGGAACUUUGCUAUGGUCUUUUGCCGAACUAACUGGGCACCCAGUUGUAAAGACCUUCGCCUAUAGGUUCAAACGGGGAGAUGUUAUUUUACCUUUUAUCCCUCGCCAUGGUAUUGUGAUAGAAUUCGAUGAAAAUGGAAAGAUGCUUCGAAGCUUGCACUCACCUGAUGGAAAGAUCAAUGCUUUGUCCGAAGUUAAAGAACAUGAAGGAUAUUUGUAUUUGGGAUCAUUCACCAAUCACUACUUAGGACGCUUGAAACUAUAAAUUUCCGUUCAUGAGCUUCAAAUUUUUAUCAAAUUUGACAGAUAGCAUAUUGCAUGCUUAUCGAUAAUUUUUUAAAAUUUUAUUUUUGACAUCGUGACGCGAAGUUUACAAUAUGGACUAGUGUAGCUUGAUGCUCUUGCAGGCUUUUGCUGGUCGAAGGUCUAGUGUUAAGUUUUAUAAAAUAGAAAUUUUUACAAUUGCCAUGUGUCUGUGAUAACUUAUUGAUUACUUUAGGCUUGGCAAGUUUUAUAUGUGACAAAUCAGUCCUCAAAUUGUGUAAACUGUUUUAUCGAAAGAAAUGUGAGUAAAUUUACUAUGAUUUUAUCUAUAUUAAGGGACAAAUUUGUAUUUGUUUCAAAUUCUAGUCUUUAAUAAAGCAUCUUUAUAUUUUA